UUUGAGUUAUAAAUAAAUAUUUUAAGGUUCAUUCUUUAGAGAUCAACAAAAGAUUUCUUUUUUAAAGUUCUCUGUAGUUUGGUAUUCAUGGCAGAUGAAAAACUAGGACAUGGAUCUAAUCCUCCUCAGGAGCAACCACAUGAACCCUUGCCAAAGACAUACAACCAACUUCUAGGGACAAAUAACCCUACAAAAAAAAGUUGGCCAGAGUUGGUUGGUGUGACUGCAGAAGAAGCAGAGAAGAAGAUAAAAGAGGAGAUGCCUGAGGCUGAAAUUCAAGUUGUGCCUCAUGAUUCAUUUGUUACUGCUGAUUUCAAGCCUCAUAGAGUUAGAUUGUAUGUUGAUCUAUCUAAUAAGGUCAUUAGGAUUCCAGGAAUUGGCUAAUUCAUCAACUAAAGAUUUCGGUAUGAAGCCUAAAGAUGUAAUUUGAAGAAAUAAAUUUAAUAAAAUUCCAAGGCGUGUAUAGUUAUUAUUAUGUAUUUUCGUUCCACAAUUUAUUCAUAUUUAUCAUUAAUGUAUAGUGAAAUAUUGUGAAUUGAGAGUGAUGUAUUAUCAAUAAGAUGGUACUAUUGUAAAAAAGUAAUUAA